CUCAAAGCUACAGUAUGGAAGUUGCAAUCUGGAUCUGUUUGUUCUGCUUGCAAGGCUGCCUACUUGCAGAUGGGCAGAACUGCGUAGAUGUGAACAGGGAUGGCACCAAAGAUCAGGAUAUCAUGUCACAAACUCGGCUGAAAAGGGAAAGCAACCUAAGCCAAACUGGAGCUAUUUCAGUGAAAGGCAUCCCCAACAUACUCAUACAGGGUGACAGAUCAAGAAGACAUCUGUCUAGUAACAAGAGAAAGCUGAAGCGCAAAUCACGUGUUGGCUCCUACUCACUGCUUAGCAACAACAAGCCUGCCUCACCUUUGCAGGUCACAAGGGUGAAGAGAGAUGACCGGAUAGGACAGGAAAAAGGAAGGAAAACCAGAAGACAACCUGCAAAGAACCAUGACAACAUGAUUUUGAUUGGAUUAUACCAACACAAAUUAACAAAUUAGGAAGGCAAUGUUAAUGCCAAUGACCGCCUAAAAUAUCGAGAAGUACAUAUUCUAACUUCAGCAAUACUUUGCAGCAAUGCUCCUUUUAAAGUAAAGGGGAUUUAGAUAUUGUGAUUUUAGCAUAAUCUUAGUUAAAAUCUAUGAUAAAGGAUAUAUCUUAUUAACGUGCAUUUUGCCUGGAUGUCUCCAUUUGUACUGUAGUUUUUAACAUAUUGUAAGUAUGUCUUAUUUAAUCAUUUGAUUGGUCUGAUUUGUUUAUGUUUCUACUCUGCCUAAAGAAGAUAAUUAGAAGUGGUAAAAGUAUAGUAGAAUAAAAAGAAUAAUGAGUUAUCCUGCACUCGCAAGCCUUUGUUAAUCUAUCCCAUUCUAUUUGGCAAUAUUUUCAUUGGCAAUGUGGUUUCCCUUGCACACACCAUCGGCAAAACAUUAUUCAUUCAUUUAUAUGUAUUUAAAAUCAAACCAAUUACCUUAAAAAUGUGCAUUAAAAACUGGUUGACUAACCUGA